GAAGCCUACUCUGUGAAGAGCAGACGCAGCUUAAGAAGCCUCCUUUUCCUGUGAUGUCAGCUUACCAACUGAGCAAGGGUGGGGCUCUAUCUUUCUUGGCCUUCUCAGAAGAAGCAACACACGCACACACACUAUAACUGGCAUCUCUGGAGGAAUUCAGCACGAAGAGACAUGCUUUGGAAUUUUAUUCCUGUGCUUAUUUUCCAGCCUGUUGGGUCAGCAUUCAAGAAGCUGAAAAGCUUGUUUAGCAGCACAAAGGCAGAACAGAGAAAAAUGCCAGCGGAGUGCCGAGACAAGGAAAUCUGUUCCUGAAGAAGCUUCAGUUUUAUGACUUCCUUUGGAGAGGAUUAAUCUGCAAUACUUUCCACAACACAACAGAAAAGAUCGACUUCUACAACAACAUUGGCAGCGUGUAAAGAAAUUGAAUUAUGAUUUUAAUUAAGCUUAAGAGUGGCAUCCUUUGCAUACAAAGAGAUGCUUCUUGUUCAGGACUGGACAAAUGAACUGCUAUGGAAUCUGGAAAAAAAUAUUUCUUUGCUGAUGAACAAAAGAAUGGUAUCUUCCAAGUUUAAGAAAUCUGCUAUAAAGUCUUAAAAGUAAAGCUGAAUGCAUAUGAAAACACCCAUGGAUUAAGUUGUUCCCAAGCCUUCGAAGGAUUUUAUUGUGGUUACAACAGAAUAGAAAAAAGGUACAGCUUUAUUAAAGAAACUUCUAGUUGUAAAAAUAAAUUACCAUCAUGAUGGUAAGCAACUGUUCUAUUGAAGACUCUUUUAAGUAUACUUUAUAUGGUUAUAUGUUUAGUAUGGUAUUUGUCCUUGGUUUGAUAUCAAAUUGUGUUGCUAUAUAUAUUUUCACCUGCACAUUAAAAGUGUACAAUGAAACUACAACUUACAUGCUUAACUUAGCAAUAUCGGACCUACUUUUUGUGCUUACAUUACCCUUCAGGAUUUAUUAUUUUGCAUCAAAGGGAUGGCCAUUUGGAGACAUACUCUGCAAGAUUUCCGUCACAUUGUUUUAUAUAAAUAUGUAUGGAAGCAUUUUCUUUUUGACCAGUAUAAGCAUCGAUCGUUUUUUAGCUAUUGUACACCCAUUUCGGUCUAAAAGUAUUCGAACAAAAAGAAAUGCAAAGAUAGUCUGCAUUGCAGUCUGGAUCACUGUGAUAGCAGGAAGUAUACCAGCGAGUUUCUUUCAAUCUACCAACGCUCGUCUCAGCACAGAUGGACUGACCCACGAUACCUGUUUUGAAAACUUUUCUGAAGACACUUGGAAAACCUAUCUUUCAAGAAUUGUUAUCUUCAUUGAAAUUGUAGGAUUUUUUAUUCCACUGAUACUGAAUGUCACUUGCUCCACAAUGGUUUUAAGAACUUUGAAUAAGCCAGUUUCACUCAGUCGGAAUAAGUUAAGCAAAAAAAAAGUCCUAAGAAUGAUUUGUGUUCAUUUGCUGCUAUUCUGUUUCUGUUUUGUGCCGUAUAACAUUACUCUAAUACUUUAUUCACUCAUGAGAACACAAACAUGGAUUAACUGUUCAGUAGUCACUGCCAUCAGAACCAUGUAUCCAAUCACACUGUGUAUUGCAGUCUCAAACUGUUGCUUUGAUCCUAUAAUUUAUUAUUUUACUUCAGACACUAUUCAAAAUUCAAUAAAAAUGAAGCAAUGGUCAAGUAGAAGACAUGACUAUAGAUUCUCUGAAACUCAAGUCUCUGACAAGUUCAUUCAACAUGGACUCCAAACUUUAAAAGCAAAAAUAUUUGACAAUGAAUCUACAAUAUAAAUGAAGAAAGAACUGAGGACUGAACAUUUCUUAAAUACUGGAUUGUUUUUGUAUGAAGAUGUGCUCAUACAGAUCACAAAAUGGGUUAUAUGAAUUAAAAUUAGUUUUUAAAAUUCAACAGUAAA